GCUGACUUUUUUCAUAAAACAAGAAUUUUCCUAAUAUCCGAUAUAUAGACAAUGAUUUUAUUGCGGAAAAAAGAUAAUAAGGUGAAAACGAUAAAAUAAAUUUGCCUCCCCCAAUAUAGUGAGUAAGCUGUCCAGGGUAAAAUGUGAUAUAUGAUACAUGUGCUGCGCAUCAAAAAUGAUUACUAACUCAGGGAUUAUUCUAAAGACAAGAGAUUUUAUAGUCGAAUGACUUCAAUAUGGAAACCAAUGGAAAAUCCAAAUAUUAUAUAACGGAUGACCCGAAUCAAGUGGAUUUCAAAGGAUCACAAAAUGAUUUCAAUCAACCAUGGUGGAAUAGAAAGAGAACCCGCCUUGAAAUAAUCCUUAUUUUCAUUUGUCUUAUAUGCAUUGCCGUUACGACCAUCCUAAUAGUAAUAGAAACAACAAGAGUGAGCGAUAGAGAAAAUCAACGGAAAGGAGAAGAGUCUAAACACGGGAUAUGUUUGACAGAAGAAUGUGUCAAAGCAUCUGCUCGACUUUUGAAGGGAAUGGAUCAGACUAUAGAUCCAUGCGAUGAUUUCUUUGAGUACGCUUGUGGAUCUUGGAAUAAAAUUAAUGUAAUACCUGAGGACAGGUCAGGUUACAAUACAUUUGCCAAAUUACGCGAUGACUUGCAAGUUAUUCUAAAAGAUUUACUGGAACAACAAAUAUCAAGUACAGAACCAGAGGCCACUCAAAAAGCCAAGCAUCUUUACAGGUCAUGUGUUAAUGAAUCAAUGAUUGAGGAGCGAGGGCUUGAACCAGUGAACAGGUUUCUUGAAGAACUCGGGGGAUGGCCAGUCACCUACAAAUCAAGUCAACAAUGGGACGAAUCUAAGUUCAAAUUUACAGAGCUUUUAGUGAAGCUGAAACUUUACAAUAACAAAAUAUUUGUUGAUCAGUGGGUGAGCGCAGACGAUAAAAACUCGGAUGUUAAUAUAAUACAGUUAGACCAACCGGAACUUGGAAUGCCAUCACGUGAUUAUUACCUGCGAGGAGUUGAAGAUGCGGAUGUUCAAAUUUAUGAAAAGUUUGCAAUUAAUGUUGCAAUGAUGUUUGGAGCAAAUGAGACUCAAGCAAGACUAGACAUGAGGGAAAUGGUCGAGUUAGAGAUAGAAUUGGCCAAUAUAACUACACCCCAAGAACAACGUAGGGAUGGAGAGGAGCUAUACAAUAGAAUGACAGUCAAAGAACUUCACGAAAGAAUUCCUGGGUUUGACUGGCUGUUGUAUCUCAAUCUGAUUUUUGAAAAAGUAAACAUCACAAUUCCUGAAACAGAGGAAAUUGUCGUUUAUGCCCCAGAAUAUCUCAGUAAAAUGGUGAAAACAGUCGAAAAAGCAAACAACAGGCUGUUGGCAAAUUAUAUGAUUUGGCGAAUUAUGAUGAACCGGGUUACAAAUUUACCACAGAUGUACAGGAAUGUUCGAACAGAAUAUUACAAGAAAAUAUACGGAUCGGACACGGAGAGGUCCCGAUGGAGAGACUGCAUUAGCUAUGUCAAUGACAACAUGGGUAACGCUGUAGGGCGCCUGUUUGUGAAGGAUCACUUCGAUACAGGAGCAAAGGAAGUGGCUUUAAAUAUGAUUCAUGACAUCAGGGCUGCCUUUUAUGAUUUGUUGGAAGAAGUGUCGUGGCUGGAUCAGAAAACUAGACAAGUGGCUAAAGAAAAGGCUGAGGCUAUGGCAGAAAAAAUAGGAUACCCACCAUUCAUUCUGAACGAUACAGCAUUGGAUGAAAGCUACAAUGCAGUAACUUUCUCCUCUGAUACAUAUUUCGAAAAUGUGUUGGAAAAUAUUCGGUCGAUAGCUUGGAGCAACUCGAAAAAACUGCGGGAGCCUGUUGAUAAAACUAAAUGGUCGACUACACCAGUGGUAGUGAAUGCAUUCUACAGCUCAACCAAAAAUCAAAUAAUGUUUCCUGCGGGGAUUCUUCAACCUCCAUUUUACAGUAAAGGUUACCCAAGAUCUCUAAAUUAUGGUGGUAUUGGCAUGGUAAUAGGACAUGAAAUUACACAUGGAUUUGAUGAUAGAGGCCGACAAUUUGACAAAUUUGGAAAUCUAAAACAGUGGUGGGAUGAUGAAGUGAUAGCUAAAUUCAAGGAGAAAGCUCAGUGUAUAAUAGAGCAGUAUGGAAAUUACACAGUGCCUGAGGUUGGAAUAAAUUUGAACGGAGUUCAAACACAAGGAGAAAAUAUAGCAGACAAUGGAGGGUUAAAAGAAGCUUAUAGGGCUUAUGAGAAGUGGAUACACAAACAAGACCGAGAACCUGAUAGACUUCCAGGACUAUCACACCUCAGCAACAAACAACUAUUCUUCCUGAAUUUCGCUCAGGUAUGGUGUGGUACAAUGAGACCAAGAGCAGUUAUAAAUAGAAUCCGAACAACCCUUCAUAGCCCUGGAAAAUUCAGGGUUAUAGGAACAUUGCAAAGCAUGCCAGAAUUUUCAGAAGUUUUUAAUUGUCCUGCAAAUUCUUACAUGAAUCCAGUUAAAAAAUGUCGAGUUUGGUGAUGCUUGUUACAAAGAGAGCAUUAGUGUUAUACUAUUUUGAUAAUGAAUCUGUCAUUUCUUCUGAUUAUUAUUUUAUAAUUACAGGGAUAUGAAUUUUAUAUUCUGUCUACAGAGAUUGGAAAAUAUCAUGUGAUACACAUGUAUACAUUUUUUUUUCCCAAAAACGGAGCAAUCCUUUUACAUAAAUAGUAAAGAUAUCUCAGUUUCCAUUGAUAACAAUUCAUUUUCGAUACUACAGAGGCCCUAAUACCCUACAUUUUAUGGACCAUUUUCAGAUAAGAAAAAACAUACAUACUACUACAGAAGGAAAUUAAUGAGGCAUUUGUCCUGUUAUAUUAUGUACAUUUUCAUUGACGAAAAUGGCCAAUAAAUUUGACAGGUUGACAUACUCGUGUGUUCAUUUAGAAAGAAUAUGUCUUAUUUUAACUAGAUUGCAUUUUCUGUAAAUAUACAUAAAUGGAUGUUUAUUUGUGAUUUCCUACCUCUUUCAUCUUUCAUACGUUUAUAUAAAUCUGAAAUUAAUCUAUGUAUACAUGAAUUAGAUUUUAGUUCUUAAGAAUGCAGAUACCUUAGUAUUUUAUGACAACCACUGUUUCAGUAUGUGCAUAUUUCAUAUUUCUUUUAUUUCGAUGUACAUAAAUUAAAGGUCACGUUAAUUCCAUUUACAUUUAGAAAACUAGGGAAUCAAAAUGGGAUUACCAAUCAAUAACUAUAGUCUACUUUUUCUAAUAAAAUUGGUUAUUAAUGUU